UCCGCCCUGUGCCCCAGCACCCCACCCAGCUGCGGCUCCAGCUCCCGAGGCCAGUCUGUGCUCCAGCAGCCCCCUCCCUGCAGUUCGCCGCCCUCCCUGCUGGGCCUCCCUCUGUCUCGCACCCCAUCUGCUCCAGGCUUCUGCUGACGAGCCUUUGUAACUUCAUCACGGGUGCAUUUCUCUUUAGACACUCCAGAUGGUUAAUGCCUUUCUGCAGCAUCAAAGUGCCCCUUUCGACUGGGAAGGAAUUGCCAGGGUCCCCAUGCCAGAGAGUUGAGCAGGGCAGCUGGGCAUCUCCCACAGCUGGCAUGGCCCCCAUCCUCUGGGGAAAAAGGGGUCUCAGUGCAGUCAGCUUCUUCAGAAGGCAGACAUGUUGAGAAGUGCUUGCCACCUCUGCUGGGUGACUCUGGGGAAGUCCCCCUCUCUGGCCUCUGUUUCCCCAUCUGGACAGUAAGCAUCCUUGGCAGGAUGAUUCUUGAUGUGCCAGGAUUCAUUCCUGACCUGCUCCCACAGCUGUUGGUAUGUCCGUCUUGUCACUGAGCCUUCAGUGUCUCUUGUCUCCCCCACCAGCCUCAAGGGCAGCAAUUCCUCUUGGUGUGCCCACCUGCCACUCUAGGGAAGGACUGCUGAAUCCUUUCUGCAGGUUGGCUCUUGGGAAACUAUCGUGUUGGAAGCUGAGAGGGUAUAUCCCCUGCUUUCUAGAACCUUUGUUGAAGGAGACUUACCAGCUGCAGACACUGGCAGCUGGGAUCAGUGGGGGCUGUGGUAAGGAGUGGGUAGAGUGCCCUUAGGAGGGUGCUUUGGGCAGAGCCUGGCAUUAGCCCUGACCUUGCUGCCAGUCUCAGAGAAGGUUAGGGUGCCACUACGACAGGCAAGGACAGCCCACCGGGAACCAAGAACGUAUUCAUUGCAAGGAAAGUUGGCCCGAGAGCAGUGAGCAUCUCGAAAGGACUGCUGUUUGGAAUCCAGAGAGCUGAGUGACCCAUCAGGGCCUGCUAAAUAGAUGGAAAUGGCACUAACACAGCCAUUCAUUGAGAAGAAGAAUUAAAUUCAGAGGCAGCAUUGGUACAACAGAAGGAGCCCUGGGCCUGGAGCACCUGCUUUCCUGGCCACACCUUGAGAUUUUCAGAAUAAUUGUUAGGACUACUUCCCAGCACCCCAGCCUCCUGCCAUGUCCGACCCCAUCACGCUGAACGUCGGGGGGAAGCUCUACACCACCUCACUGGCCACCCUGACCAGCUUCCCCGACUCCAUGCUGGGUGCCAUGUUCAGCGGGAAGAUGCCCACCAAGAGGGACAGCCAGGGCAACUGCUUCAUUGACCGUGAUGGCAAAGUGUUCCGCUACAUCCUCAACUUCCUGCGGACCUCCCACCUGGACCUGCCCGAGGACUUCCAGGAGAUGGGCCUGCUCCGCAGGGAGGCCGACUUCUACCAGGUGCAGCCCCUGAUUGAGGCCCUGCAAGAGAAGGAGGUGGAGCUCUCCAAGGCCGAGAAGAAUGCCAUGCUCAACAUCACUCUGAACCAGCGUGUGCAAACGGUCCACUUCACUGUGCGGGAGGCGCCCCAGAUCUACAGCCUCUCGUCCUCCAGCAUGGAGGUCUUCAACGCCAACAUCUUUAGCACCUCCUGCCUCUUCCUCAAGCUCCUUGGCUCCAAGCUCUUCUACUGCUCUAAUGGCAACCUCUCCUCCAUCACCAGCCACUUGCAGGACCCUAACCACCUGACUCUGGACUGGGUGGCCAAUGUGGAGGGCCUGCCGGAGGAGGAGUACACCAAGCAGAACCUCAGGAGGCUCUGGGUGGUGCCCGCCAACAAGCAGAUCAACAGCUUCCAGGUCUUCGUGGAGGAGGUACUGAAAAUCGCGCUGAGUGAUGGCUUCUGCAUCGAUUCUUCUCACCCACAUGCUCUAGAUUUUAUGAACAAUAAGAUUAUUCGAUUAAUACGGUACAGGUAAAGGGACCCCAGCAACACUGGAGAGGGAAAGUCCCAAGAAGCUUAUGUCAGCCAUGGUCUUGGAGAGUGUCUCGCCAGUAGCGUGAGGCAGGGUACCAUACUAAUCUGUACUAACUGCAUAGCAGGACUUGAUUCCUCCGUGAUGAAGUCCGCCUUUCGGAAUUCACAUGUCCUCCGAGCAGAACCACCUUUUUUCUUGCCAUUCUGAGCUGGAGAUGGGCAGUUUAUUAUGACAAGUGAAGAGUCAGCUGAUGUGUGCUAAAGGAGGCUACAGGAGGACUUUCUGGCCGGGACAAAGGAGCAGCAGUUUUCUUAUGGGGGCCCUCUCUGUCUGCACCACUAGCCAGUGCCGCAUUUACCCAUCUGUGAAAGGCCCCUGGAGAGGGCAUGGGACAAGAACAAGAGGCUCCCUUUGGUCUCCCAGAACAUGAAGAGCCCAGUGGUGCCCAUCACACCUGCUCUUCCCUCCCCCAGUUGCAUCCAGAACCUUGGACUGGUUUGCCCAGGGGCAACCGUGUUUGGAAUGCAGAGUGUUCUCAGGGCUCUGUUAGUGUCCUCACUGGGAGAGAGAGCUGAGCUGUGUCAUGAUCCAGAGGAGGGGGUAUCCAGGCAGGGUUCUGGACGUGGGGAUGUUCCCUCAACAGGGCCGAAUCUAAGCAUUCCUGGCUUCAGGAGUGGGCUGCUGUCCCUGUGAAGAUUUGAAAGCAUCUGGAACCAGUCUGACAUGCUUUAGAAUCCAGCCUGUUGCCUGACUUUCAUAAUCCUUUUCCCAAAAAUUUGAGGUAUCAUUGAAACAGGUCAUUUUAAGCAAAUGUAUUAUGGAUUCUCAGGGUUGGAAAAUAAUUCAAGAAUUCCUUGGUCCUCCCCUGUCCCAAGCACACCCCAGCACAUGUGGGGGUCAGCACCUCUCCCUGAGUACCUUCAAGCGGUCACCUGUGCCUGCUUGUGUACACCUGGUGACAGGAAGCUCACCUUCCCCAGGCCGGUUCCUGUUAUGGUGGGAUGGUGCUGACUGUUAGAAAGUUCUUCUUUAUAUUGAGCCAAAAUCUGUCCUGCCACUUCCAUGUGCUGGAUCUUGGUUGCAGACCUUCUUUCUCAUGUAAAUCGGUAUCUUCACUUUCAGAAUAGUCAUCCUAAGAGGCCAGAUGCUUAUUCUGAAGAUAUCGUUACUCAGAAUUCGGAUUCCCCUUUGGGAUCAGUCUUCAGAAUCAAAGUUGGCUCGUUUCCAUCUCCUGUCAGUCAGUCCCCUUUUGUUACAGCUUCACCUUGUUUGUGACCCCACUUCACCCACCUUCCCUGCCCACCAUGGCUCCACAUGCCCUCUGACCACCGUCUGUUGGAAGCCCCUGAGAAGGUCCAGAGGAAAGAGACAGGAUCUCCGCGGGCAGUGUGCAGCGAGGAGCCCAGGAGUGGUCCGAACCAUAACGAUGCCCCUGGAUUGAGUGUCCAGCCCCUAAGACACCACUCUCAGGGAGGCAGCCUUCCCCUGUAAUACUGUGUCUAGCUGUGACUAGCCCGUGGGUCCCCUUGGGGUGCCAUCCAGGACAAGCAGCCCUAAGCCACUACUUCCUAUCAGGUGAUGAGCCAUGCAGGCCUCCAAACUGCAUGUUAUGAUUCACCCCUGGAGUGUGGCCUUGGGAGUCCUGCAGUCUUCCCCACCGGGCAGCGGCCCUCAGGCAAAGCCAGGGAAGCCGGGUGACACAGUCACCCACGGAAGGAGCUUCCCACAGUUAUACCCUGUGAGUAGGGGGCUUGUGUGCUGGGCUGUGGGCAGGGCCAGGUCCCUCAGGCAUUAAAGCCUUUCCCUCCGCUACAUUGGGACUCAGGAGUCUUUGUGACAGCUGUCCCAGGCCACCAGGCCAACAUAACUUGGAAAAGCCCCUCAAGGAAAACCCAGUUAGACCAGGCAACAAAAGCUGUGACUACAACAAACAAUUCAAAGAAGAAAUGUCAUAAAUCAUCACUGCCCUUUUUUCUUUCCAUAAAACUACUUUCACCAUCUUGUGGUGCUUCCUAAUUCAAGCAGCUUGACUUUAGGGAAAUUACAGAACCUGUGAAGCCACUAACAGGCCAUGUGUGGCUUUGUGCAAGUCACUCACCUCACUGAGCCACCUCCGUUUCUUCAUCUGUGAAAUGGGCAUAACAGUAAUAUGUAACCGUACCUACCUCACAGGACUGUUGUGAGGAUCAAAUGAAAUAAUGUAUGUGAGAAUACAGUAUAAAUGUUAAAUGACUGUUA